CCUGCCACUUAUUAGGAGUCCAAAAAAGCCUCGACUCUGAGAAACACAAAAUGCUCUUCUUUGCUGGAAUAACACAGAAAAUGAACUCUUUAGAGUUUUCCUUCAUCUUUUUCAUCCUGGUGCCUCACACCAUAAUGUUUGGACGGUGCCAUGAUAUGUCCUUUUCGAUCUGCUGGAUGGACACCAACCAUGUCCUGGAAAGGCAGGAUGUGAACGUAUGGCUGAAUGACACCGCAUUAGGAAACAUCAGGAAGGAGGGGAAGGUCACCUCUCUGAUGGUGCCUCCAGGUGUUGAAAACAAGCUCACCCUUCAGUAUGGCGACAACGUUGAGGCAUGGACUUUAAGAAUUAGCCCACGGACAAGGUUCACUGAGAUCAGAGGCCGUCAGAAACCCCAAGAGAAACCAACAAGUGCCACAAAGGGGUUCUUGGAGAUUCUGAGCCCCACUGAAGUGUUUGCAUGUGAGAAUAGCACAUUAUUCUUAUACCAGGACGACCACUUCUUCCUUGCAAUUGGCCACACUAUGCGUUUCCCCAUCCAACUGGAGUCCAGGAGUCCCUCCAUGUUGCUGGUUUCCUGGGUGGAGAACCCUCCAUCAUCAUCAUCCAGUCUCACUGUGAAUCUUUACCACAGUGAGCUGGGUUCAUAUAAAACUCUCAGCAUGGACACAACCACAGACAACCAUUACCGCUUCACAGCUCUGGAGUCCUGCAGCAACUACGUGGCCUGUGUGGAGACUCAGACCCUCACCUGCCUUUCUACUAUCACCGACCCAGACACUCCCAGAGACUUCAAGGUGACGUUGUUUAAUGGCAGCAGCAUGUCGUUGGCCUGGGAUUGUCCUGGAAACAACAAGUUGUCCUCCUUCCUGCUCACCACCUUCCACCUGGACGGUUUGAACCACGUCACGGAGGAAGUGCUGUCGCUGCACAACAAAAACGACUUUGUGUUCAUGUUGUUGAAUCUGCAGCCGUGCGGGAGGGUCAGGUUCGGCUUUCAGACCGUUUGCCAGAAAGGGAUCGAGUCCCGCUACAGCAAGAUGGUCCUGAACGAUGGAAACUCUG